AUGGCGUUCCACAUCAAGCAAGCACUGCUUGUUCGCCCAUCCUUCACCUUGGCCUGCGGUUGGCAGAUGGGUUCGAGCAAUGCGGCGCUGCACUUCCCACUGCUGGCCGCCGUAAGGCUAAGAGCAGCGGGGAAAGGCACAGCAUGGCAGCUGCCGUACUCAUUCGGGGUGUACGGUUCUGUUUGGCUGCCGGAGCCCUUGCAGUCCAUGAGCCUGCGUUCCUUCGAUGGCGUCCCAGACGAGAUCGCCCGGCUGGAAGCGGAGAAUCAAGAUCUACGAAGCCAGAUAAUUUUUAUGGAAAGCAGCGAAGAUCAAUCACGGCAGGACUCCUUUGCGCGGACGCGUAUGAGCAGCACAAGUUCCCUUCAGGAUCUGGAGAUUUCCUUUCGGCCACAGCGCCGACGAAACAACUCGUCAAGCGAAGAUGAAGCCGACGAAGUUGAAGCUGAAGGGAUCCGAGAGAUGAUGAUGGCGAACCGAUGGGCGCGUCUGACAAAAGGCUUGAUGUCGAUGCAACCGGACAGCCAACUAGAAGCCGAGCUGCUUCGAGGCCAGAAGUUGACCGAGCGCAAUAAGGAGUUACAAGAGAAGAUUGAAAGCUUGCAGCAGCAGCGGCACUUGCACUUCGAGAAGCUGCAGCUGGCACAGUCCCUGGUCCAAGAUGAGGCAGCAGAAAAGGAGCACUGCCUGGAGGCGUUGGCCAGCACGGUGGAGAAGUUGAAAUCUACAGAGGAGGAGUGCAAGGUUGCAAAGCAGCACGUCUGGCAGCUGCAAGAUGAACUGGAAGCUUCACAGCUGGAGAGCGCCCAAGCCACGAUGAGACUCGGGAUACGCAACAGCCUGUCUGCUGCCCUGGACAUGGAGCCUUUGCAAGAGCAAGCCCUCCGCGGAACCGCAGCAAUCACAGGCACAUCCCGAGGUGCAGAGCCACAAUUGGUGCGGCGCAUGGCAGAUCUGAUCCGCCGCAACUUGAUUCUUCAGAGGCGACUCUCUGGCUUGCUCGAGUGGCGCUCGCAAGUCACGGUCAGCAAGCUUCAGAACGACUUGAUGCAGAAGGAGCAAGAUGGCAACGAGACCGGCACUGCGUGCACUCUGGCUGAGGCCCUCAAUGAGUUGGCGGCGGCGCGCCUGGAGCACCGGGCAGCUGCAGAGGAGGCAGAGGAGUACGAAGACCAGCUGGUGCAGCUGCAACAGGAGAAGUUGAACCUCAUCACCCAGAUGCAGAAGGCCCCGAAAUCGCCAUCCUCCAGGAAGUCGAGGCAGUCUGUUCGACUCUUUGGUGCCAAGCUGGCGGAGUUGCAGCGAGAGAAAGGCGCACACACUUCCAGUUUCGAGGCGCCUCCCUCCAGCUCCGAGUAUUCAUCACCUUCACCGGUCAGAUUCUCCGCCAUGGGAGCAAGCACAUCGUUUGAGAUUGAAACCGAGGAGGCCCCCAUGCUGAGUGAGCUGGAGUCAGCCCUCGCGAGCAAGCGAAAGGCAGACGAGGAAAAUCAACAACUGUUACAACAUGCCUUGCAAGCGAGCUCUCAUGCAGAGGAGCUGGUUGCUGAUGGGCAGCGGCAGAAUGAGAAGUUGAGAACAAGGUUCGACGAGGAGUGCGCUCAUUUGCGCCAGAAGCACUCCAUGGACAUCCAGGCUGCAGAGGAAGCCUCUGCCCAGAGGCUGCUGGAGGAUGUGGCGGACGCGGAGCUGAUGUUCGCAGAGCAGUUCGAAAAGCAGGUGGAGGAGGUGGAGCUCAGGGAGCAGGAGGUGCGUGCAGAGCAAAGGCAACACGCUGACGAGGUUUCGCACCUGAAGCAGCAGCUCAUGGCAACAGGCAUCGAAGCGGAGACACGGGAGGAGAACUUCGCGCUGAUGGCUCACGUCGAGCUGAAGGAGUCACGCCAAGAAUGCGAGAGUUUGCGCCGGGAUGCGUCGGCCGCGAUGGCCUCGGAGCUGGCUACUCUCCAAGAAGAGGCGGCCAGCGUGGCUUCUUCAAAUGCUCAGCUUCUGGCGUUCAGCAACGAGCUGCAGGAAGAGCUUCUGACAGUCCAGCAGCAGUCCGUCAUGGACCUCGCUGCGAUGCAGAGGUUCGACGAGGAGUGCGCUCAUUUGCGCCAGAAGCACUCCAUGGACAUCCAGGCUGCAGAGGAAGCCUCUGCCCAGAGGCUGCUGGAGGAUGUGGCGGACGCGGAGCUGAUGUUCGCAGAGCAGUUCGAAAAGCAGGUGGAGGAGGUGGAGCUCAGGGAGCAGGAGGUGCGUGCAGAGCAAAGGCAACACGCUGACGAGGUUUCGCACCUGAAGCAGCAGCUCAUGGCAACAGGCAUCGAAGCGGAGACACGGGAGGAGAACUUCGCGCUGAUGGCUCACGUCGAGCUGAAGGAGUCGCGCCAAGAAUGCGAGAGUUUGCGGGAUGCGUCGGCCACGAUGGCCGCGGAGCUGGCCACUCUCAAAGAAGAGGCAGCUGCGGCGGCGUCUUUAAAUGCUCAGCUGGCUUUCAGCAAGGAGCUCCAGGUGUCGCAAGAGGACUCUGCGCGUGCAGCCAUCAGCGAGAUCCAGCAGGAAGCGCAGACGGAAAGUGCAGUGGCCGCAGCGGUCGGCCGGGCGGAAGCAGAGCCGCUUGUCUUUGAGACCCGCCCUUUGCAGCUUCUGCUCGAAGAGCAGACGCGCCAACUGCAGACAGCUGGUUUCUCAGAGACCGCCUUGCACAAUUUGUGCAGUGAAGCAGUGAAGCACAGCAAGAAGAGCUGGAGCAUGACUCGUGUACGCAUGGUAGCGCAAGCUCAGGCCGCCGAGGUUUCGCGCCUCAAGCAGCAGCUCGUGGAAACAGGCAUCGAAGCGGAGACACGGGAGGAGAACUUCGCCCUGAUGGCUCACGUCGAGCUGAAGGAGUCGCGCCAAGAAUGCGAGAGCGACUUUGCUUGCAUUGCUACGCGAGAUGGUUUGCGGGAUGCGUCGGCCACGAUGGCCGCGGAGCUGGCCACUCUCAAAGAAGAGGCAGCUGCGGCGGCGUCUUUAAAUGCUCAGCUGGCUUUCAGCAAGGAGCUCCAGGCAGGGAUUGCAUCUUCUGAUUGGCAAAGUCUGCCGGUCUGCCACAUUCAAGUCAAGCAGGUGUCGCAAGAGGACUCUGCGCGAGCAGCCAUCAGCGAGAUCCAGCAGGAAGCGCAGACGGAAAGUGCAGUGGCCGCAGCGGUCGGCCGGGCGGAAGCAGAGCCGCUUGUCUUUGAGACCCGUGAAGCAGUGAAGCACAGCAAGAAGAGCUGGAGCAUGACUCGUGCACCCAUGGUAGUGCAAGCUCAGGCCGCCGAGGUUUCGCGCCUCAAGCAGCAGCUCGUGGAAACAGGCAUCGAAGCGGAGACACGGGAGGAGAACUUCGCGCUGAUGGCUCACGUCGAGCUGAAGGAGUCGCGCCAAGAAUGCGAGAGCGACUUUGCUUGCAUUGCUACGCGAGAUGGUUUGCGGGAUGCGUCGGCCACGAUGGCCGCGGAGCUGGCCACUCUCAAAGAAGAGGCGCUUGGCGUUGCCUCAUACAAGGCAGCUGCGGCGGCGUCUUUAAAUGCUCAGCUGGCUUUCAGCAAGGAGCUCCAGGCAGGGAUUGCAUCUUCUGAUUGGCAAAGUCUGCCGGUCUGCCACAUUCAAGUCAAGCAGGUGUCGCAAGAGGACUCUGCGCGAGCAGCCAUCAGCGAGAUCCAGCAGGAAGCGCAGACGGAAAGUGCAGUGGCCGCAGCGGUCGGCCGGGCGGAAGCAGAGCUCGAAAAGCAGACGCGCCAACUGCAGACAGAGGUGUCUGCAGAGCAACGGAAACACGCCGCCGAGGUUUCGCGCCUCAAGCAGCAGCUCGUGGAAACAGGCAUCGAAGCGGAGACACGGGAGGAGAACUUCGCGCUGAUGGCUCACGUCGAGCUGAAGGAGUCGCGCCAAGAAUGCGAGAGUUUGCGGGAUGCGUCGGCCACGAUGGCCGCGGAGCUGGCCACUCUCAAAGAAGAGGCAGCUGCGGCGGCGUCUUUAAAUGCUCAGCUGGCUUUCAGCAAGGAGCUCCAGGUGUCGCAAGAGGACUCUGCGCGUGCAGCCAUCAGCGAGAUCCAGCAGGAAGCGCAGACGGAAAGUGCAGUGGCCGCAGCGGUCGGCCGGGCGGAAGCAGAGCUCGAAGAGCAGACGCGCCAACUGCAGACAGAGGUGUCUGCAGAGCAACGGAAACACGCCGCCGAGGUUUCGCGCCUCAAGCAGCAGCUCGUGGAAACAGGCAUCGAAGCGGAGACACGGGAGGAGAACUUCGCGCUGAUGGCUCACGUCGAGCUGAAGGAGUCGCGCCAAGAAUGCGAGAGUUUGCGGGAUGCGUCGGCCACGAUGGCCGCGGAGCUGGCCACUCUCAAAGAAGAGGCAGCUGCGGCGGCGUCUUUAAAUGCUCAGCUGGCUUUCAGCAAGGAGCUCCAGGCAGGGAUUGCAUCUUCUGAUUGGCAAAGUCUGCCGGUCUGCCACAUUCAAGUCAAGCAGGUGUCGCAAGAGGACUCUGCGCGAGCAGCCAUCAGCGAGAUCCAGCAGGAAGCGCAGACGGAAAGUGCAGUGGCCGCAGCGGUCGGCCGGGCGGAAGCAGAGCUCGAAAAGCAGACGCGCCAACUGCAGACAGAGGUGUCUGCAGAGCAACGGAAACACGCCGCCGAGGUUUCGCGCCUCAAGCAGCAGCUCGUGGAAACAGGCAUCGAAGCGGAGAUCCGGGAGGAGAACUUCGCGCUGAUGGCUCACGUCGAGCUGAAGGAGUCGCGCCAAGAAUGCGAGAGUUUGCGGAAUGCGUCGGCCACGAUGGCCGCGGAGCUGGCCACUCUCAAAGAAGAGGCAGCUGCUGCGGCGUCUUUAAACGCUCAGCUGGCUUUCAGCAGGGAGCUUCAGGCAACCAGCGAGAUCCAGCAGGAAGCGCAGACGGAAAGUGCAGUGGCCGCAGAGGUCGGCCGGGCGGAAGCAGAGCCGCUUGUCUUUGAGACCCGUGAAGCAGUGAAGCACAGCAAGACGAGCUGGAGCAUGACUCGUGUACGCAUGGUAGCGCAAGCUCAGGCCGCCGAGGUUUCGCGCCUCAAGCAGCAGCUCGUGGAAACAGGCAUCGAAGCGGAGAUCCGGGAGGAGAACUUCGCGCUGAUGGCUCACGUCGAGCUGAAGGAGUCGCGCCAAGAAUGCCAGAGUUUGCGCCGGGAUGCGUCGGCCGCGAUGGCCUCGGAGCUGGCUACUCUCCAAGAAGAGGCGGCCAGCGUGGCGUCUUCAAAUGCUCAGCUUCUGGCGUUCAGCAACGAGCUGCAGGAAGAGCUUCUGACAGUCCAGCAGCAGUCCGUCAUGGACCUCGCAGCGAUGCAGAGGUCAGAGCGUGCUGCGGCGUCCUUGCGAAGCCUGAUGUCCGACAUCCGCCAUGCAGAAGAGAGCGCAGCAGCCAGAGAGGAGAUCGCCAUCGACAAAUUGACUGCAAUGAGGGCAAGGUUCGAGAGUGAGACCAGAGAGCUGGCAGCUGCAACGUCAAACGAGCGGCGCAGCGAACAGCUUCUCCUUGCCGCACAAGAGGCACAGGGCAUGCUACGCAGCGAGUGCGGUGCUUUGACAGCGCACGUAGAGCGCGCCGCGGCUGCUGAGUCAGUGGCUCAGGCAAGAACUGCGGAGGUAGAAGAGCAGCGAAAGGUCCUGCGGCAGGAGUGCCAUCGCCUACGCAGUGACAACGUAGUUCUCCGACAACAGAUACACGGAGGGUCCCCAUCUCUGCAAGACAUCAAGAUUGUUGCAGCUGCGCGCCAUCAACCUUGA